AUGAAGCACGCCCCUUCCGUGAUUCCAGCGCGCAAGACUAAGACUGUCAUCAAAGCCAGCAAACUCCCCCGUGGCGAAGACGACGCAACCAAGGCAGAUGUAGUGGAAGCCAAAAAGUCUUAUCCUACCGUUCUGCAACAGCACUUGGACAAUGUCCGAAAGUUCAAAGGUUGCGUCGUCCUCACACGGGUGGGCGACUUCUACGAAAUGUACUUUGAUCAAGUCGAGCAAUACGCCCCGUUGGUCAACCUCAAGAAGGCCAAGAAAACGACCAAAGACUUCGGCGAUGUUCCCAUGGCAGGCUUUCAACAUGGUCAGCUCGAGCGUUAUCUCAAGAUGUUUGUUCAAGACCUUGGGAAGCAAGUCGCCAUCAGCGAGCAGAUACGGUUACCGGAGAAUGAGAGAACAGAGGGUCAGAUGUUCGAUCGCAGAGUCACUCGAGUCGUCACGGCCGGCACGCUUGUCGAUGAGAACUUCAUGGACCCAUUCGAAAACAAUUAUCUGCUGGGAAUCCACUUUGCAGGAUAUCUGCCGUCCAAAUCCGAACAAAGAGACACCGAGUUAUCCCUUGACCGUCAAAAGCGCAGCACCAAAGUCGGGCUCAGCUGGAUUGAUCUGUCUAGUGGAGACUUCUAUACUCAGGCCGCGGAUCUUGCAUCACUUCCCUCGGCGGUUGCUCGAAUCGGGCCACGCGAGAUCGUGCUAGAUUCUUCGAUGCAAUCGUACGGCCUUCCUCACCUACAAAAGACCAUAAGCGAUGCCAACCUUCCUGUUCACUUCCACGAGGUGCAAGAAUCAACAGCGUCUGUCGCGGAUUGGACCCCAAUGCUGGAGCACGCCGUUCCGAAAGACAGACAGUCCGAAUUCUCCGGUACAGAAGUCACAGCCGCAAAUCUAGUGCUUGGCUACGUCAAGGAAAAGUUGCAGGACACCCAGCUCCAGCUUCAGGCACCCAUACGACGAACUGACGACGAGUGUAUGGCGAUAGACCGCCAGAGCCUGCGGAACCUCGAGGUCCGCUCCACACUUCGAGAUGGUAGCUUCUCGGGCAGCCUUUUGCACACGGUCAGGCAAACUGUCACGAAGAGUGGUGCGAGGCUUCUUAGCCAGAGGCUUGUGUCGCCGUCCAUGUCGCUUGCGAUAAUCAACAAUAGAUUAGACCUUGUGCAGGAGCUGCGUGGGUUCGAAGAGCUGCGAGCCGACAUUGUGGUGCUGUUAAAGCAGACUUCUGAUACCUAUCGCCUCCUUCAGAAGUUCUCAGUUGGCAGAGGCGAUGCAGAUGAUUUGCUUGGCCUGGCAAGAACAGUGGAUAUCAUGCAGCAAAUAGCAGAUCGUCUACACGAUCAUAUUCUGGUGAAUCAAGACAGAUCAGUGCAAGAUAGACAGGAGCACCUGUACAAUCUCGAUCUGAGUUUCUUAUGGGAUGUUCUGGAACGGCUCGAUCUUGACCAACCUCUGAAAGCCGCCAAAAACAUUCAGGCAGCCAUCGAUGAGGACGGCCUUAACCAGCAACAUCUCGUAGAAGAGUCUGCAGAGGCAGAAGCAGAGCAGAUGAGCGAAGAGGCCACAAGUGCCGACGCAGCAGGGCAGAAGUCACCGAAAUUCUCCAAACGCAGGUCCCAACAGAUGCAGCAAGAUGACAGAGGGUUUGAGUUGAAACCAGAAGACAUCUGGAUCAUGCGGCGAAAUGCCUCGCCCACCCUAGAAAGAGCACAUGGGGAUCUCGAUCGGCUGCUUCACGCGAAGUUUGACCUGGCGAUGAGGCUCAGACGAGACCUUCGUGCGGACAGCCUGACAUUGAAGUGGAGUGCUCAGCUUGGCCACUUCUGCCAUGUGAAAGGCAAAGAUGCUCAAGGCAACCUGUCAGCUUUGGCCGGUGCUCGUACGAUAGGCUCAACGAAAAGCACGAAAUCAUUCUACUUGUCCGAAUGGACACACCUGGGCGUGCGUAUUGACGAUGCAAAGCUGAGGAUCAGGACUGAAGAAGAACGAGUAUUUGGCAAGUUGCGAGGUGAAGUGCUUGAGAACCUCAUGAAGCUUCGGCGCAAUGCUGCUGUUCUGGACGAGCUGGAUGUGGCAUGUUCAUCGGCAGUAGUGGCCAAGGAAAGGAAAUGGGUGCGCCCCGUACUAAACGGCGGUACUUCGCACAUAAUAAAAGGAGGUCGACAUCCAACCGUUGACGCUGGGUUGAAAGAACAGGGACGAAGCUUCACCUCAAACGACUGCGAUGUUGGUGAGGAUAAGAAGAUCUACCUCAUUACUGGCCCGAACAUGGCGGGUAAGAGCACAUAUCUCCGACAGAACGCACUCAUCACCAUUCUCGCCCAGACUGGCUGCUUCGUGCCAGCAGAGCACGCUGAGAUAGGGCUCGUCGACAAGAUCUUCAGUCGAGUAGGCUCGGCAGACAACCUCUACCAAGACCAGUCAACCUUCAUGGUGGAGAUGCUUGAAACAGCAGAGAUCCUCAAGCAAGCUACGCCGCGGUCGUUCGUGAUCAUGGAUGAAGUCGGUCGAGGCACGACCCCCGAGGAUGGCAUCGCAGUGGGAUACGCCUGCCUGCAUCAUCUCCACCACGUGAAUCGAAGUCGGUCUCUAUUCGCCACACACUUUCAUGCUCUGGCUGACAUGACGAGAGACUUCGACAAUGUAGGAUGCUACUGUACCGAUGUAUCUGAAAGCCAGGAUGGCUCUUGGGCGUACGACCACAAGUUGAGGAGAGGCGUCAACCGAGCAUCGCAUGCGCUGAAAGUCGCUAGAAUGGCGGGUCUGCCUGAAGAGGCUAUCGCUGUUGCGGGAGAUGUGCUGGCUGAGCUACAUCGCGGGCGUGAAGGGCAAGAUCAUGGACAGAAACCAGAGGGUCGCCGCGCUGCAUCCUCAUCAUCGUAG